CGGGAGGACGACGAGGAACUCUGGAAUGUGAUUGGUCGAGAGGAGACGGCGCGCGCUUUUUCCAAAAGGAGGCGCUGAGUUGCAUGGUAUUAUUCACCUUGUUCAGAAAGCAAAGCUAGUUCAUCCAUGGCCAACCACGUCUGCGCAGGAGCUGUGAACGUUCCUCAUGGGCACGUGAUCGGCAAUGAGAAAUGGAAAGGCUCGCAGAUUGCCCAGAGCAUCCAAGGGAAAGUUAAGUUAAUUCUGGAAGGCGGUCUGGGCAUCGUGGACUUCCACCUCCCAAAUCGAUCCUGCGUCCUCUAUGUUUCCGAAGCAGACCUUGUAGCAGGAAAUGGCUACAAAAGGAGGCUUGUUUGUUUUAGAAAUGUAAGUACAUUCUGCGUAAAGUAUUUAUUAUUCAGAGUAUUUGUGCCCUCCCCUUCAGCCAAGACAGUUGCCCACCUCCCUUGCCUCGACCCAAAACAGGUGUUUGAACAAAUGAAAGACCGGCUCAGCAAUCCCUUCCUUACGAAGAAAAGUCCCAAGCUCUUAGAAAGUUCUAUAAUCCAAACAGUUCAGCAGAUUCCAGGAGUCGGGAAAGCGAAAGCCUUGCUUCUCCUGGAACGCUUUCGGAACCUCCAUCAGCUCUGCAAUGCGUCCGUUUCAGAUCUCGAAGAGGUCGUCGGCCGCUCUCUGGCACAACAAAUCCAUACUUUCUUCACAGGGUGAUCUCAGCUUGUUGCAAAUAGAAACGAGCAUCUUGAAAGGGGUCGUUCCCAAAUAGGAUGGCUCCUUUGCACAGCGUCGUUGGAUUUCUCAUAAAACACUGGUGGAGGAUCUCAAAUUGCACCCGAGGAACAAAAUAGUCUGCCCCUGUUUCAUUGUACAUAUAUUUAUUCUGUGCAUAUUUGACGUGGACUUCAUAAAGUCGUGUAUAGCAUUGGGAAAGACCGCAUGGCAGUUCCUACAUGGCUCAUACUGAAGGAUAUUUGCAGCCCAUCUCUGCAGCAUCCUAUGCAGAAGAACCAAAACAAUAUAUCCU